CAAUGAAACGCCUUUGUGGCCGGUUGCUAAGAGACGGGUUGUGUCCAUGUUGCCGUCUGCUGAGGAUCAGAAGAUAUUUAGCUAGAUGAGCCAGCUAAAAACAGAAAGUAGAGGUUGUUUUGCAUCAUUAAUAAAACAAGAGCGUUUACUUACCGUGUCUGGAAGUUCCCCACUGUAAUGGUGAAGUUGAGGGCGAGAUGUCUGCUUGUCGGUAAGGUUUUGAGAUGCUGCAGUAGGGAAAAGUGCCCUUUGCCAUAUGUUCCACAGUGACCGCACUCUCUUCCAGAAGAACUACAGCAUGACAACCGGAGUGGAGCUGCUGAUAAAAUGUGUCAACAUCCCAGAGACCACCGACAGUGUGGAGCUCUACAUCAUAGACUCUGCAGGGAAGCAGGCAUUAGUGGAAGCCUGCGAGAAAAUGUGGGGUGAGCUGUCGCUGCUGUGCCUGGUUUUUGACCUGACCAGUGAGCAGUCGUUUGCCAACUGCAGCCACUGGAUGGAGAGAGUUCGUGCUCACUGCCAAGGCCUCCACAUUCCAGGUGUCUUGGUGGGCAACAAGUCGGACCUGUCUGCUAGAAGGGAGGUCCAGGCGUCCGUGGCCCAGGAAUGGGCUCAAAGCCAGGGUUUGGAGUACCACGAGACAUCAGCUAAGGAGAUGGAGAACUGUGACGCGGCGCUCCUCGGUUUAGCCCGGGCCUUCCACUCACUCUACCAGGAACGUCGCGAGACCAUCCAGAACCUGAGUCCAGGCUAGAGUCUUCCCCAGUCACACACACACACACAAACACACACACACACACACCUUGAUUCAAAGAAAUCCUAUGUUCUUUGGUACUGCCCGUGCUGCAGGCCCUGCAGAAAAAGGCUUGUUCAGAAUGAUAUUUUGAUGUGACCGUGAUUAAAGUUGUUUUUCUGUGAUAA